UUCUCCUGCUUAUUCUAAUAAUAGCAAAGAAUGUCGGACGAAAAUUCGCCCGACCCGACAACAGGUGAGAUUUAAAUCACUUUCAGGCAGGUUAAAUAGCCAUAAUAAAAGCCCUCUCCGUCAUCCUCUGCAAUGCGUUUCCGGUUCCCCCUUCGUGCCCCCCUACGACCGCUCCUCAUGGGCUCUUCCGUCCUGACCAUCUCGGUGCCUCCCGCGCGGGAGCCUGAGGCCACCAAAGCUCACCACGCGAAAGACGGCUUCAUCAAUCCAUGGGAGUGCGUACACCUCCUUAUGACUAAUCUCGUUUUACUUACUGGUUAAUCUAGCUCCUGGCAUGCGCUGAACGGGUUUUGGAUUCCGUAUGAGAUGAUCAAACGCCGUCUUAACGGCCAAGCAAACGUCCCCGAUACCAGCCCCCCCACCGUCCCCGUGCGGAAACCCUCAUUCCUGCCCGAUCGGGAAACCCCCGGCCUGCGCGCCACCUGGCUUGGCCAUGCGUGUUUCUACGUGGAAUUUCCGUCGGGUUUGCGGGUGCUCUUCGACCCGGUCUUCGAGGACCGCUGCUCCCCCUUCUCCUUCCUCGGACCCAGACGGUACACGCCCCCGCCGUGCGAUGUCGAGCAGAUCCCCAUCAUCGACGCGGUCGUCAUCUCGCACAACCACUACGACCAUCUCUCCCAUCCGACGGUGAAGGCAAUCGCCGCCAAGCAUCCCGACUGUCACUUCUUUGCGCCGUUGGGGAAUAAAAAGUGGUUUGUCGAGGCCGGCAUCCACAAAGUCACCGAGCUCGACUGGUGGGACGAGCGGGAUGUCUCGUUGUCCACAGAUUCAUCGCCGUCGGAUAUUUCCGCCCGCAUCGGAUGCCUUCCUUGUCAGCACAUCUCAGCUAGGACUCCGUUCGACAAAGCCAAGACGUUAUGGGCUUCCUGGUUUGUCGAAUCGGGGGGGAAGAAAGUAUAUUUUGCAGGAGACACCGGCUAUCGAUCCGUACCCAAGGAGCUGGAUGGAAAAGACGACCACGCCGACGAGUACGACGGCCUGUAUCCGUCAUGUCCCGCCUUCAAGGAGAUCGGUCAGUAUCGCGGGCCGUUUGAUCUCGGCCUGAUCCCCAUCGGCGCCUAUGAUCCGCGCUGGGUGAUGAGCAGCAUGCACGCCGACCCGCACGACGCAGUCAACAUCUUCCUGCAGACGCGCUGUGCCCGGGCGCUGGGCAUGCAUUGGGGGACCUGGGUGCUCACGGAAGAGGAUGUGCUGGAGCCGCCCAGGAAACUACAGGCUGCCUUGAAGAAGAUGGCCGUUCCGGAAACUGAUUUUACCAUCUGUGAUAUUGGCGAGAGCCUUUCUUUCUAGGCUCCUCUCAGUAUAUACUGCAUAUAAUAACAUACAACAUAUACACAUUAAUAUAAAACACUAUAUAAAACACU